GUAUGUCACCCAGUCCAGUGUCAAUACAUACUGAGUAUUGUCUGGCAUCACCAACAUCACAAAUACAAUCACAACCACGUCCCAUUUCUCUGCCUCCCCGGUCUUCCGGUACUCAGGUCCUGCAAUUCUUCAAUGAAUGCACCGCAACCGUCAUAGCCCAACGUCCACCGCUCCUCCCUUGUCCCUGGAUGCAUGCCUACAUGGAUGCAUGGGUGAAUGGAUAAGGUAGACUGACAUCAAGCCACGAGAGAUGGAUCAACAGAAGGCACUCCUCUUCGGAGCUGCCGCGGCAGUGCGGUUGUUUCUAUUCACCGCGUUCCCCUCCUUACCGAGUCUACUCGCUGGCCGUGUCGAGGUAUCCACGCCUGUGACGAGCUUCAAGAGACUUCAGGAAGGCCUGUUUCUCUAUGUGCACAAUGUCUCCCCCUACGACGGAGGGGUUUACCACCAAGCGCCUCUACUCCUGCCGCUGUUCUCCCUACUGCCGAACCCCUCACACUACCCUUUCGCGACAAAUCUGCUUUAUACCGCGGUGGACCUUCUGGGCGCUCACGCCUUGAUGCUCGUCGCGGAUAGUGGGCAAUCUAUUACAACUAGACUAUCCAAGUCUUCUAGGAAAGACCUGCGGUGGAAUAGUGCCGCUGUUGCUGCGAGCUUUCUGUUUAAUCCUUUCACCCUAGCCGCUUGCAUCGCACGAUCGACCUCUGCUUUGACCAAUCUCUUCGUUUUAUUAGCAUUGGCCAAAGCCUCCCAGGGUGCCAGCAUCACUUUUAUUCUCUCGCUCUCCAUCGCCUCAUACCUGUCCAUGCACCCCCUGCUACUAUUCCCACCUUUGUUGAUCCUCUGCUACGAUGUACGAGCGUCUAAAUCUAAAGUGGCACCGAGUCCGCUUUCAUUCACGAUAGUCCAUGCAGUUGCCUUAGUGGUUACAUUGUGUGGUCUACUUUACGUUUCGGCUCUCUUGAUGGGAUCUUGGGAGUUCUUGUCAGCAACGUAUGGCGUUCGACUCUUGCUUCCCGAUCUGACACCCAACGUUGGUCUAUGGUGGUACUUUUUCACGGAGAUGUUUGAUUCCUUCCGUGAAUUUUUCCUUGGGGUAUUCUGGCUUCAUGUCGUUUCGUACAUGCCGGGCUUAACCAUCCGGCUCCGAAAACAACCUUUGUACGUUGCAACUACACUGACCGGUAUCUUUGCGGUCUUCACUCCGUAUCCCAGCAUUGCAGAUGCGGCGCUGUAUCUGUCAUUAGUGCCACUAUUCAGGCACCUAUUUCCAUUGAUGCGGUAUUCCUUUCUUGCGUCAGCUGUCGUACUCUACGCAUCAUUUCUUGGGCCAACGUUCUAUCACCUUUGGAUAUAUGCGGGGUCGGGUAAUGCCAACUUCUUCUAUGCAAUCACCCUAGUAUGGAGUCUAGGCUUUUCAAUCAUCAUUGGGGAUUCCUUAUAUGCUGUACUCAGGGACGAGCUUGACGUGGAAAGACCUGAAUUGCGCGGCAAGGAAGUCGCUCGGAUAUGAGCUGUCAAAUAUGCAUCAUGAUAGCAAUAGAUCGCACCUCAUCUUCGCAAGAAUAUCUCACAGUGGCCAUCUACACGCGCCGGUAUAUAUGUGGUGCGUUUAACGAUUUGAGGCGUUGAAGUUCCCGUCUCUGCAGGCCCUGCGGCGAAUCAGAGGACGUCCCUGGGUGCUGUUGUGCGACGGGAUGUUCGGAUCCUAGACUGAUCAAUCAUGAAGAUAUGACAAGUCUUCUCCGCUCUGAAAAUAUUGUAGAUCUCUUAAGAGGUUUUACGAGUCACAGUGUGUAGUCGUACCCCAUAGAGUCAUUAACAAUGACAGACCGGAUAUUCGACCCAGCCCGGGAGGAAU